AUGGGAUCUACUGAGGAGAAGGUAGACUUGGAUUCUGAUGAAGAGAUUCCAUUUAGUUUAUCUAACAGUGCAAACGGGAAAAUUCGUCCCAUGAACGUUGAGACGUCUCGAAUUGCAUCUCCAAGACAUGUCUCUCAUCCGUGGGCCUUGACCUUGAGAAAGAUAAACCACAUUACCGCUCUCAGAAGUAUUUACGUUGUCUUAGUUAAAGCAAAGAUCAACGUGCUGCUUCCUUUCGGACCCCUAGCGAUUUUGCUGCAUUACUUGACAGGAAAACAGGGGUGGGUCUUUCUGUUCAGCUUGGUGGGAAUCACACCACUGGCCGAGCGUUUGGGUUAUGCGACUGAGCAACUGGCAUUUUUUACUGGACCUACAGUGGGUGGUCUUCUAAAUGCUACAUUCGGUAAUGCUACGGAGAUGAUAAUUUCCAUAUAUGCUUUGAAGAAUGGGAUGAUUAGAGUUGUUCAACAAUCUCUACUUGGCUCUGUUUUAUCAAAUAUGCUACUAGUGCUUGGAUGUGCCUUCUUUUGUGGUGGGAUUGUACAUCGUCAAAAAGAUCAGGAAUUCAAUAAGGCAACUGCCUUGGUGAAUUCAGGAUUAUUGCUGAUGGCUGUUAUGGGCUUACUGUUUCCUGCUGUGCUUCACUUUACCCACACAGAGCUGCAUUCUGGGAAGUCAGAACUGGCGCUUUCCAGAUUUAGCAGCUGCAUUAUGUUGGUGGCAUAUGCAAGCUAUCUUUUUUUCCAGUUAAGGAGUCAUAGGAGUUUAUACGACUCUAUUGACCAGGAGCAGGGGGUUAACAAUGAAGAUUCCGAUGAAGAUGAGGAAGCUGAAAUUACUAUGUGGGAAGCUAUCGGCUGGCUAGCAAUUUUGACUUUAUGGAUCUCUAUACUAUCUGGAUACCUUGUCGAUGCCAUACAGGGAGCUUCUGACACGCUAAAUAUGCCUAUGGCAUUUAUUAGCGUAAUCUUGCUUCCAAUUGUGGGGAAUGCUGCAGAACAUGCCAGUGCUAUUAUGUUUGCGAUGAAGGAUAAGCUUGACAUAACACUUGGAGUUGCUAUAGGUUCUUCCACCCAGAUAUCGAUGUUUGUGAUCCCAUUUUGUGUAGUUGUCGGAUGGUUUAUGGGGCAACGGAUGGACUUGAAUUUUCAGCUCUUCGAGACCGCAACACUCUUUAUCACAGUGUUGGUGGUGGCGUUUAUGUUGCAGGAAGGGACAUCUAACUAUUUUAAAGGGCUGAUGCUCAUCCUGUGUUACCUCAUUGUUGCUGCUAGUUUCUUUGUACAUGUUGAUCCGACAAAUGAUGACGAUAAGUAG